AGAAUUCACACAGGAGAGAAACCGUACAGCUGUGAUCAAUGUGGCAAAGCUUUCACACAGUCAAAUCACUUGAAAGCCCAUCAACGCAAUCACAGAGAGAAACUGUACAGCUGUGAUCAAUGUGGCAAAGCUUUCACACAAUCAGAUUACUUGAAAACCCAUCAACGCAAUCACACAGGAGAGAAACCGUACAGCUGUGAUCAAUGUGGCAAAGCUUUCAAAUGGUUAAGUAACCUGAAAACACAUCAACACAGUCACACAGAAGAGAAACCGUACAGCUGUGAUCAAUGUGGCAAAGCUUUCACACAGUCACAUAACUUGAAAGUCCAUCAACGCAGUCACACAGGAGAGAAACCAUACAGCUGUGAUAAGUGUGGCAAAGCUUUCACACAGUUCAGUAACUUGAAAUCUCAUCAACGGAGUCACACAGGAGAGAAGCCAUACGUAUGUGAUCAAUGUGGCAAAGUCUUUGCACGGUCAGGGGCCUUAAAACACCACCAGCAUAUUCACACAGGAGAGAAACCAUACAGCUUUGAUUAAUGUGGCAAAGCCUUUGCACUGUCAGGGGCCUUAAAAAGCCACCAACGUAUUCACACAGGAGAGAAACCGUACUGGUGUGACCAAUGUGGAAGAUUAUUUGCCCGGUGCAGUCAGUUGAGAACCCACCAAUGCCGGCAUGCAGGAGAGAACCCAUACAGCUGUGACUAGUGUGAGAAAACUUUUAUUGAAUGGUAUGACCUAAAAAUCCACCAUCAUGUUCACACUAGAGAGAACCCGUCCUGAUGUGAUCAGUGUUGGUAGUGACAAAGCCCACAAAUGUGUUUACCCUGGAUUGUUUUGGACAUUUUCAGGGCCAGGCAAACAUCUUCCUACUGCUGACUAACAGUGAGUCUGUUGAGUCACUGUUAGUCUGGCCCCUCCCCCUGGACCACUUUGCCUCUCAAGACCCGACCAGGAGCAACGGCUGGGACACCACAGCUCCCAGUAUCCCAGGGACAUGAAAACCCCUCCACAAUGUUCAGGUUUCCAGCUCAGACUGUUUGCUCCUGUUGAUGACAUCAGGACACCAAAGUCUUCUGAGCUCUGAGCAUCAUCAACAACUUAAAUACCAGAUUAAUAUGAUGUAUGUUAUCAUGUGUAACAUAUUUGAUGUCUUAUCCAGUGUCUUGCAUGUGUUCUCUGUCUGUCCACAUGUAGAAGACAGCUGAGUUUUUUUUCCUGAGCUCCACCUGUAUAAAG